CAGCUUUCCAAUUCAGGCGAAGCAGCCGUGCGCACGUGAUGUUGAAAAAAAAACAAAGUACGACUGACGUGUCCUAAUAAUCAACAACGUGGCAAUGCAAGAGUGCAGCCACACGUUCACGCGUCGUUUCACCUGAGCAAUUUCUCUCUCGCACGUUUAUUGACCUCGCGAUGUUGAGCAGCUAGAUAAAGAGGGAAAGAAAAGGAAGUCGAGUCGGCACGAAUCGCUUAGACUAGUGUUUGCUCGGCGUGAGUUAGGAGGCGAAGGUUAGGUUCGUGAUGAUCAUCGCGUAGGCGAGGAUGACACUUCGACCGGCAUAAAUCAUUCGUCUUCAUUGUCCACUGUCAUCGUUGAGAACUCAGAAUCGAAGAGAGCGCCUGUAUACUAGUUCGCGAUAUGCGGUGACGAAUUUUAUAAUUAAAAAAAAAUAUAUAUCCCAAAGCGAUCUUGAAGAGGUGGCGUUAACCUUGAAACGGUGUGAGUGAGAAUAAAUAUAUAUACGACUAUUAUAUUGACUGUGAUUUCCGAGAUCUGAGAAGAAACGUGAUAUGAAGAGAAAAUUGAGUAAAGAUAAUCGUGUCCCGGAGGAUGGCACCAUUGACACGAACAAUAUUCAGGAACCCUCCGAUUUGCGAGGUGACGAGAAGAACAUCGCAAUUCUGUUCUUCUUGUACUUGCUGCAGGGUAUCCCGUUAGGAUUAUGCGGCUCGAUUCCCAUGUUAUUACAGAACAGAGGAGUUUCCUAUAGACAACAGGCAGAAUUUAGUUUCGUACAAUGGCCAUUCUCGUUGAAGCUCUUUUGGGCACCCAUAGUAGAUUCUAUUUUUUCUCAAAAAUUCGGACGGAGAAAAACAUGGUUGAUUCCUACCCAGUACCUAAUGGGUAUGUUUAUGCUCCUUCUGUCGAAUUGCGUCGAGCAAUGGCUGGGCAAGGAACACGAAAAGCCCAACAUUGAAAUGCUGACAGCGUUAUUCUUCUUGUUGAACGUCCUCGCCGCGACUCAGGACAUUGUAGUUGACGGAUGGGCGCUUACAAUGCUUAAAAGGUGCAACGUAGGAUACGCGUCCACCUGCAACAGUGUUGGUCAAACGGCGGGUUACUUCAUCGGCUACGUCUUGUUCAUUUCGUUGGAAUCUGCCGAAUUUUGUAAUACCUAUUUGAGAUCAGUCCCUUCCGACGAGGGCAUGCUAACUUUACAUGGAUUUUUGCACUUUUGGGGUUGGUCAUUCAUCGUUACGACGACAUUUAUCGCAUUAUUCAAACACGAAAAUAAGGAAAAAGUAUCGAAAGGCGAAGAGUUAAAUAUGGAUAUUAAACACGCGUACAAGCGUUUGUGGGAUAUACUUAAAUUACCAGCUAUAAAGACUACAGUCAUAUUUCUGUUGACUGCGAAGAUCGGAUUUUCGGCGUGUGACGCUGUGACUGGUUUGAAGCUUAUAGAAGCCGGUAUUCCCAAGGAAAAGUUCGCUUUUAUUAUCGUACCGAUGAUACCACUGCAAAUAAUUUUACCAUUAGUAAUUUCGAAAUAUACCGCUGGUCCUAGACCUAUGGACGUUUAUAUGAAAGCUAUGCCCUACAGGCUGGCUUUCGGCUUAAUAGCAGCAUUCUUGGUAUGGGUUACACCGUUCGCUGUAGUUAACGGACAUGCUCCAGCUUAUUAUUUCGUUAUAUUAAUAGGUCUCUACUUUAUACAUCAGAUUUCUGUAAGUAGUAUGUUCGUGGCGUCGAUGGCUUUCUUUGCAAAAGUCAGUGACCCAGCUGUUGGUGGCACCUACAUGACACUGCUCAAUACUUUAUGUAAUCUCGGUGGAAAUUGGCCCGCCACGGCCGCGCUUUGGUUCGUUGAUCCCUUAACGUUUAGGCAAUGCAGUACUGAUCACACAAACGAUUGUAGCACAAUUACAGAAAGAGAGCUCUGUGCGAAUACCGAUAAGGGUGUUUGCGUCAUGCAGCUCGAUGGCUAUUACAUAGAGAGCAUUCUCUGCUUAAUCAUAGGCUUUUCCUGGCUUAGGUGGGGUCGUAGAAAAAUUAAUAUACUACAGGCGAAACCGAUGUCCGCUUGGAAAAUCGUAUUUACUCGUAACAACAGAGUAUUACAGAGUAUACAUAUCAUUUAGGAAGCUUGUAUCUAUAAAUCCGUGAUUUUGCGAGAUUAGAUUAGUAUUGUUUCAAAUAUUUUGCACUGGAUUAUAUUUCACAGAUUUCAUAAAAAUUUUGUAAAACUGACAAACAUGACAUGUGCGACACAUGUAUAUUCGCAGUUUAUAUUGUAAUAUAGCUGAAAAUAUUUUAUGUACGGCAUGUACGCGCAUAAAUUAAUCAACAUUUAUCGCAGAGUGUUAAUAAAGUAAGUUUUUUGUAUAAAAAGAGAA